AUGCGUUACAACGGCGUAACCGGCGAUUCAUCCAAAAUCCCGGCCAACUUGGCGGUGAUUAAAAACAUCAAUCCAAACUACACCGGGUUUGACUACAUCUCCUGGUAUCUUGGCAAUGCUCGCCAAGCUGCCACCUACUUUGUCGCUCAUUUUGGCUUUCGGGUUAUUGCAUACAGCGGACCAGAAACUGGAUCGCACCUGACAACUUCCUAUGUUGUUGCCAACGGUAACGCUCGCUUCAUGCUGACUGCUCCAGUGACUGGGCCGCAGAAUAUCCCCUCCGACAAGGAUGUUUCCGAGAAGGACCGUAGUCUGAUGACCGAGAUCCAAGCACACUUGGUCAAGCACGGCGAUGGAGUUAAGGACAUCGCCUUCCAGGUUGACGAUGUCAGGGGCGUGUGGGAGCAUGCUCCAACUAUCCUUACCGAUGACAAGGAUGGGGAAGUUCUCUGUGCGACCAUUAAGACUUACGGCGAUACAGCUCACACCUUGAUCAAUAGAUCAAAUUACCGAGGAGUUUUCCUUCCCGGCUUCCGCUCAGUUAAUGAUAUGAACGCUCUGAAUGAGUUACUGCCAAAGGUGGAUCUUAUUGAAAUCGAUCACUGUGUCGGAAACCAACCCUGGAAUGGUCUUGACGGAAUUGUCAAAUAUUACGAAGAUGCCCUAAACUUCCACCGCUACUGGUCUGUGGAUGACAAGGAUAUGUGUUCCGACUAUUCCGCCAUGCGAUCCGUUGUUGUGGCAUCGCCUAACAAUGUGAUCAAAAUGCCGAUGAACGAGCCAGCCACUGGUUUGAAGAAAUCUCAGAUCGAAGAAUUCGUGGACUACUACGGUGGCGCAGGCUGCCAGCAUAUUGCUUUUCGAACCAACAACAUCAUUGAAGCCGUUGAAAACCUUGCAAGCCGUGGUGUAAGCUUUCUUUCCAUGCCCAGCAGCUACUACGUCAACAUGCGUGAGCGACUAGCUUUGAAGAAUGUCAAACUUGCCGAAGAUAUCAACCUCCUGGAGAAAUACAAUAUCCUCAUCGACUUCGAUGAAGGGGGAUAUCUUCUCCAGAUCUUCACGAAGCACGUGGGCGACCGUCCAACUGUCUUCAUGGAAAUCAUUCAGAGAGAGAAUUUUGAUGGCUUUGGAGCUGGGAACUUCAAGAGUCUGUUCGAAGCUUUUGAGAGGGAACAGGCGUUACGCGGGAAUCUAUGAGCUUUCUUUGGAGAUAGUGCACGAGCUUUUCCAAAUGCCUUUGAAUACAUGUGAUUCCUUGCUGUAUCGGUUUCCGGCUUUUCUGUUGAUGCAAAAAUGAUAUCUGGUUAGAAUGAUUUAUGUAUGCUGAUGGGAAGUAGAAUGGAGGGUAAAUGGCGCAUUCUAUGAAUAUCCAAGUUCCAAGUCUCCAAUGGUUUUUUGUCUCGACCUUGGCGACCUGACAAAGAGUUCAGGACCUGAGCAAGAAUAGUGCGGCCGAGGACGAAAAGAAUGAUAUUAAGUACAUUCGGUAUCUUCACAGCAGUCGAUUUGAUGCUAUCCGACGUAGUAUAUAUUCAAUGGUAGUAUGAGUCCAUAAUCACAUUUUUUCAGGAG